CUCUCUUCUCGCCACUUCAAAUCUCUACUUUAAAGUGGACUCGAGACUAGAGUUGUUGUUCUUUCUGCCUGGUGGUGCCACGCGCCGAGCAUCAUCGCCAUCAUCACCAUGCCUCGAGGAUUCUUGGUUAAGAGAAACCGGCGAUGUUCGGCGUCACACCGGUCACGAAAUAACAGGAAUAACAAACCUGUAACAUAUUACGGUGACAGGAACAACAGUGAUGACUCUGAAGUGACAAAACCGGAGGCAGUCAAGGAGAACGAUGUGUUGAAUGUUUCUCCGUUUGAACGGAGAGAUGGACUUCUCCCGGUGUCCCGCGAAGACUCCGCCGGUGUCAGAGAGGCGUGGAGUCCGCACGUGGAGUCCGCGCUGGAGGCCGAGGCGGACCGGCGCGCGCAGUUACCGGAGACCGAGCAGCAGGUGAGCGAGGUGGACGUUUUAACUCCCGAUAGUGAUUUCUCCUGCUUCUUCCCAGCUCCUCCUCUACCCCCACGCGACUUGACAUUGACAGAGUCUUGCAGCCCUGUUAAACCGGUCGGCACGAGACUGCAGGAACACCAAGAGGAAGGAGAUAAGUUGUUCCCCGGGAAGUGCGUGACAUCACCCCCAGUGUCGGAGUUACCGGAGCUGCCGUUCCUGGUGAGCUCCACGUCGACCUCUGUGUCCGCUUCUAUCGAGAGGCUCCUUGCGAGCAGCAGCCGCCACGCACCGUCCUACGGUCACAAUGACAAAUAUGACCCGAAUAUUGGUCAUGUGCGCUUGUUCCCGCCACUGACACUGAUGCAGGAGCAGCAUCACGCAGCGAGGAAACGCUCGUUCCUUGAACAGGAUCAACGCUUGAACAGCAACAGACACAACAAACAGUCGGUGGGCAACCCGUCAAAGAAACCCAAAGUAAACCGAAAACUCACCUUCGAGGAUGAGGUCACGACCUCGCCGGUUUUGGGUCUGCGGAUCAAGAAGGAGAGUCCCGAGCUGAGGAGGCAGCGGGAGAAGUCGUCUGCUCUCAACGGGAAUCAGCCGCUGGGAGAGUUCAUCUGCCAACUUUGUAAAGAGGAGUACCCCGACCCGUUCUCCCUCGCGCAGCACAAGUGCUCCCGUAUAGUGCGCGUGGAGUACCGGUGUCCCGAGUGCGAGAAAGUCUUCAGCUGUCCCGCCAACUUGGCAUCCCACCGCCGUUGGCACAAACCUCGUCCGGUAAACAACCAAGGAGGAGAGACUCAGACAAACAAGAGCCAGCUGCUAAAAGAGGCACGAGGGCUCAUUCAGCCGGUAGAGAUGGAGGGCAAAGAGAACGAGCUGCUGCGCAUAAAUACCAAUCAGCACCACGAAGCGCUGGACAGUUCCCGCAUUAGGCGCGAGCCGUCCCUGCUGCUGCUCCACGGUCGGUCUCGGGACAGCCCCGACAGCGACAGCCUCGCGCCUCCUCACUAUGAUUCCUCGCUUCAUUACCGGAACCCGGUGGAAGGCUGUCAGGACAUGCAGCAGCAGGUGAGAGCGGCAGACAGCCCACCCUCGAGCCUCCUUCUACUGAACUGCAACCCAGACGAGCGCGCGGACCUGCAACAGCAGCCGUCGCUCCCGCAUCCUCCUUUACAGUUUGUCCAGUCCUUACCGGAGGAGGAAGUGUACGAGUGCCGGUACUGUGGAAAGAAAUUCCGCCGACAGGCUUACCUGAAGAAACACCUGGCCGCGCACGAGGUGGCAGCGCGAGGGUCUCCGCCCCCAUCAUCUUAUGGUCAGGCGCGCGAGACCAGCGGAGGACAGAGCCAGGUGUUCCUGUGUCACCUCUGCGGCGCGCGCUUCCCGUCGGUUGAAAUCAGGGACAAGCACCGUCUGUGGCACGCGAUGAGGGACGAGUUACUGGCGGGAACAUUGGGAGGCGGACUCAGACCAGACGUCUUCCACGCGCAAGGAGACAAGAGCAGCACAGGGGAAUGCGAGCAGCAGCAGAUCUUCACGUGCAAGCACUGUCCGUCCACAUUCUUCAGCUCCCCGGGGCUCGCGAGACACAUCAACAAAUCUCAUCCCACAGAGAACCGGCACGUGAUGCUGCUGCAGAUGACUGUGCGACCGUAAAACGCGCGCGAGAUAUACAGAUACACUCAAACAAGCCAACAGCUUAUUUAAAAAAAUAAAAUAAAAUUAGUCAUUGGUUGUUACUACGGAGAACCUAUUAACUGUUGUAAAUUGUAAAUUGGGACUGAGGCCUAUUUUUUUCAGUUAUAGUCAAAAAGCAAAACGUGUAUCACUGUGUGUUACAGGAUGUGAAUUACGGUUGAGUCACUAUAUGCCUUUUGUGUAAAGGUGAGUAAGCAUCUUAACUUCUAAAUUGUUUAAAAAAAAAGGUCCACAUAUGAUAUACUGAAACCAGAACGAUGCAAACCUUGUCCAUGGUCAUGAAACUGAUGCAGUCAAGAGCAAAUGUUAACAAAACUUUGCUGUUUCGCUGAAACUGGAUACUUAUAUAGCCGACAGUAUAUAACGCUGUCAGUAAAAAUGGAACCGUCCGUGGAACUGUCCAUGGUGCUGAAACUAAAUAUCGACCUACUGAAACCACAACCCCUGUCAGGGUACUGACACCAUGUCGCCAAAAACACACUUCUGUAUUCUUCCACAGGUUGUUCAGUGUUUAUAACAAGCAGGAUUGUAAUACUACCAUAAUGAGUGAAACUAUCUAGCUUUUUUUUUUUUUUUUAAAGGGACAACUUCAUUCAUUGGACAUGUGACAAAUCUAAGAUGAUUUCUUAAACUAAUAGCAGGAUUGUUAUGAUAUAAUUUUUUAACUGGAUGCAAAUUAAAGUGACCCUUAAUCACAAGGGUUAUUUCUCCUAUUUAAGUCCUUAGAGCAAAACCCAUUAUCUCUCUCUAUUAAUUUGUUGUUACAAGGUAUACAGUUAGUAAUACAAUCAUAAGUCAGACAUCGUUUGUCUUUCUUUCAACUCUCAUUUUGAGAUCUCAUAUUAUGCCCAGCACUCUGUAAAUGAUUUGACAUUUAAUCACAGCAACUCAACCGUUGUAGUUAGUGAUAACUUGAGAGACUGGGACUGACUGAAGUUUGACAGAAAGGGCAUUUUGAUUAAUUAGAGCGAGAGGGGGUAAUUUUACACUGAAUAUACUGAAGCAAUGAUUGACACAAGUCUCUCUAUGUGGCAGACAUUUAGACUCAUGGUCAACAUACUUCUGUGGCAAAGUAAUCAGAUUCUACUGAAGCUCAGGAGGAGUCUAGUGUGUUACAUUACUUACUGGUGUAAUAUGUAGCAACCUGUAAUUACAUUGAGAAAGUGAUCUUCCUUACCCCAAGAACUGGAGAAAUAAUCAAUAUCCUAACUCUAUUUCAAAGACUAUUUCAUGUACAGUGAACAAUAAAAAAAGAGAAAAUAAUCAGAUAGACCAUAAUAUGCCUUUUAUAGUAAAUGUACCAGUAAGCUUCUCAGCUAGAAAAUAUUUUCAUACAGAAACGGAACAUUUAAUGUUAGUACUGCUAGUAAAUAAAAGUGUCUUUCGUCUUUAUUGAUUAUAUAUUACUGUGGAAAUUUUUGCUAAAUGCCUUCAUGAAAAAAAAUAAUCUAAAAAUGUAAUUGUUGGUUCUAUGAAGCCUAUUUUGAUAUGUUUGAAGUUGAAUGUGAAAUCUAUUCUAAAUUAUUGUCUAAUUAUUGUUAAUAAAUGUUGGGACAGUAUGAUUAAUGGGGAGCCUUGCCCUGUCAACUCAUUCA